AUGGCGGACGAGGAUACUUCUAGCAAACAAUCAAGGUAGCGAAAAAUCAUGAUUUCUUUUCACAAACUUGUUUCAGUUACGACUCGACGGGGACUUGUUUCGCGGCAAAUCCGGGAAAAUUUUUGGUGGAUGAAUAUAGGAAAAUUCUCAGAAAGGUCCAAGACACGAGUCCCCUGCCACGCAACUUCCCAAGGCAGCAGCUUUUCGAGUGAGGUUUUUUUCCAUUUUUUUAAAGUCACAAAAAAAUCAGUUAUGUGGAUAUAAUUUAAUUAUAUAAUUUUUGAAGGCUUUACGUCUGUCGGACAAUUCUAUUUGCUGCUUUCACCAUUGGUAUUCGCCUGGGCAACUUAUCAAUUUUAUACGUGCCAAUCUCCAUUUUUGGCAAUACGUUCACGGUCACAUUUACCUAUGUCGUGAUCCCAAUCGCCGGUCUUCAGAUCAUUGUCUCAUAUCAAAGGGUAAGACUUUCUUCAUUUAAAUGUUCAAGAAGGAGUUCAGGGAAUGAUAACAAUGCACGAGAUGCGAGUUCUGGUGAUUACAUGGGCCGUACUGGCGGGCAUGUUUUCCGAAGCCUGCAAUAUCAACUACGUUCUCGGCGACAGCGGCCAACCUACUUACUUCAUGCCUUUUCUAAUUGGAAUCACUAUUCAGGUUAGUCUGAAGUUUGAGGAAUUGGGAAGAGGUUCGAAAUUUCAUACAACUCUUUCUUUUAGAAAAAAAAAUAGUGAGUCCCUUUUGUUUCUUCUAUGUCUUCCCCCAGAACUCCAAUAGGCAUCAAUUUUCCAUCACGACAAAGUUUUUGAAACAAUUAUUACUCGUCCAUCAGAAUACACCACCCUUCAUAAGUUCGUCACAGAUUUACUAAAUGCCCGGAAUUAAGAACUAGAGGAGGGUUUUAAAACUUCAAUUUAAGAUUGAAUCUAUUCAUCUAUCGAUAGAUCAAAAAACACCGUCAUGAGAGCAUAAAUCCUUUUCUGACAGAGUAAUUUCCAGGCAAUUGGCCCACAAUACGACAAGGACCGCAAAAUGUUGGUCGGUUUGAGCGUCGGCAGCGCCGUCGUCGCUGCUCUAACCUUACACGCAAUAUUCGGUUUUCCUUCUCUUUCUCAGUUCAUUCAACGCAGAACUUCAGACCAAAUCACAUUUGCGACGAUUCUCGGCCUUACUGUGUCUUGCCUCAACGCAACGAUCGCAUUGCAACUGUGUCUCUACGACAUCAUUCACGGUCCGUUCCCAUUCCAAUCAAACAUUUCAGACAAGAAGGCUUUCAGGGAAGGUCGACAUCGAACUGACGCACGUCUUCGGCAUCAUCAUCGCCAUGAUCAACCACCUGCUAGUGUGCAGAAUCACCGGUCGGUACGUCGACGACCCUUCGGCCAACGACAUCUCCAGGGCGAUGCCAUUGCGCGACGCUCUUCACAUUUGA